CUCGCCGUUCCCGUGCCGGCCGGUGCGGCUCCCUCGGCCGGGGGGGAUUCCACACGCUGACGGCCGGAGCGCGGCGCUCUCCGGGUCCCUGCGUGUCCCUGCCGUACCCCUAUGGCUUCGGCAUCUUCGCGCAGCGCUCCGCCUCUCGCCUCCUGGGGAUUCCGCGCAGCGCUCACCGGGAAGCCCCAGUGGUGAAAAGGGCGAACGCUGACCGGCAUCGCUGAGAGAGCUCUGCGGGCGCUGCCCGGCAGGACUGAGGGGUCGCGCCUCUGGAGGGUCCGGAAAGUCCCGACGGGCCGGGCUUUCCCCGCCGCCCCCGGGAUGACGCAGCCAGAGCCCCCGGGGGCGGCCGCUAAGGGCGGGUGCCGGGUGUCCCGCGCGCAGUGCCGCCAUGGCUCCGGGCCGGGCGCUGCUGCCCGCGGCGCUGCUGGCGCUGGCGCUGAGCCCGGCACCCGCGGCCGCGCUGCCGUGCACCGCUGACUGCCCGGCGGGUACGUACGUAGCGAGCGAGCACUGCGGACGGGCGGCGGGCGCGGACUGCCAGCCCUGCCCGGACGGCACCUUCUCCAUCGCGGCGGGACGCGGCGGCUGCAGGAUGUGUCGGCAGUGCGAAGGACUAUUUCGGUAUUUAAAAGAGUGUUCCUCAACGAGUGAUGCUGAGUGCACGUGCAAGGAGGGCUAUAGCUGCGGCGACGAUGGCUGCACCUUCUGCACCCGCGGCUGUGGUGUGGGCAAGGAGAGCACCAGGAAUGGUUGCCAGACUUGCCGCAACGGAACCUUUAAUGAUCAGCCCAACGGCUCCUGUAAGAACUGGACAAUGUGCUCUGGAAACCAAGUCCUGGAGCCUGGAACUCCAGCAAAAGAUGUCAUAUGCAAACAUGCUUCAGUUAACCCCACUUCAGUCACUACUCAACCUACCACAUCUCUUGAAAUUCCAUUUUCUAUCACUGUGCCAGGGAAGGAUGUUCAGACAGACAUGAUCAGGAUUUCUGUCGCUGUGGCUGGGCUGUCGUGCAUAAUCUUCUUACUGCCCUUGUGCAUCUGCUUCAGUGUCUGGCAUAAAAAGAAACUACACACUGUCUUCAAGAAAAUGCACACACCUGAACAGUCAAUGCAGGAAGAUGAUGCCUGCAGCUGCCACUUCCCUGAGGAGGAACAAGGUGAAUAUCAGGACCACAAAUCCACAGAGUUCAGAGAUCUUCUGGUGAACUAGAAAUUGAACUGUCAAAGUCAGCCACAUUUUAAUUUUCUUUUGGAGCACAGAACAAGAACCUGUUUAUACAAAUAGAGCUGGUAUCAGCAUCUGAGUGUUAGAGUGGAAAAAAGCCUAGCCACUGAGGGAAAAAUGCUUUUUUAAAUUUUUCUUAAUAAAAUAAUUAAAAAACCCUCCA